UCCGCCACAGGACGACGCCCAACAUCCCCCCCCCCGCCAUGCCCGCAGCACGCAGGCGCGGGCGGAAGGGCGGCCGCGGCUUCCGUGCGCAGCGCCCAGGCGGGAAGGGGAAGGAGCCGGGAGGGAGCGGGGCCAUGGAGAGGAGCGGUUUCGGGGAGCUGCUGUCGCCCCGCGACGUGGAGGUGGCCAGGCCUGGCCGGAGGCAGGGCUCCCAGAAGCGGGUGCCCGUUUUUACAUCCCUGGAUGACAGCAUUGCAAACAUGACGCCCAGAAGCCAUCUGAUUUCCAGAACUCCCUGUUCAUUGCUUCGCCAGCCACUUACUUCGCUGUCUCGAAGCGCCAUGAAGCAGACGGAUAUGUCUGCCAUCCUGGGAACAGGAGGGAGAUCUCCUCUGAUCCUCCAGACUCCUGGACUGCUCGGCAAUAUGUCAAUGUUGGAUGAAAGUAACUGGACAACAGUGCUCUCACCUCAGCAGACAGGACUGUUUACAAAUGUGGACAUGACAGAAGAUGUCACUAUGAGCGCUGUGCUGUUGCGUGAGGAUGAUCCCGGAGAAGCUGCUACUAUGAGCAUGUACUCAGAUUUUCUACAUUCCUUCCUGAAGCAUACAUCAACUACUAUUUUUGAUCUGGUGGACGAAUAUGAAAGUAUAUGUAACAGUCAGGUGAACAUACUAGGCAAAAUAGUUUACAGAGCAACGCCUGGACAGCAAAAGUUCUCAAAAACUGCCAGUGUAUUGUGGCUACUCAAGCAGGAGAUGGUAACAUGGAGACUCUUGUCUGCACUUUAUAGAGACAGAAUACAGUCAGCACUGGAAGAUGAAACUGCACCUUUAAAUGCUAGUGAGAAGACGAAUAUAGAAAACUUGUUUCAGAAAGAUUCAUUUGUUCGACAAAGCCAGAUGGUGGUAGACUGGCUAGAGAGCAUUGCCAAGGAUGAAAUUGGGGACUUCUCUGAUAAUAUUGAGUUUUAUGCAAAAUCUGUAUAUUGGGAGAAUACACUACAUGUCCUGAAGCAGCGACAGUUAGGUACAUACACAGGAAGUUCUAGAGCUCUCGUAACAGAAUUGGAUCCAGAUGCUCCUAUAAGACAGAAACUGCCACUUGACGAUUUGGAUCGAGAAGAUGAUGCAAGGUUAUUGAAGUAUCUCUUCACUCUCAUCAGAGCAGGAAUGAAAGAUGAGGCACAACGCUUAUGCAAACGAUGUGGUCAGGCCUGGAGAGCAGCAACUUUGGAAGGAUGGAAAUUGUAUCACGAUCCUAACAGAAAUGGAGGAAGAGAGCUGGAGCCCGUUGAAGGGAAUCCAUACAGGUGCAUUUGGAAAAUAAGUUGUUGGCGUAUGGCUGAAGAGGAGCAGUUUAAUAGAUAUGAGAGAGCAAUCUAUGCAGCACUCAGUGGAAACCUCAAACAGCUUCUUCCAGUUUGUGAUACCUGGGAAGAUACUGUCUGGGCAUAUUUCAGGGUCAUGGUAGAUACUCUUGUGGAGCAAGAAAUCCGAACGUCAGUAGUAGCUACAGAGGAGACGGAAGAGCUCCCUAGAGAGUAUUUAGAAACCAAUUGGACUUCAGAAAAAGUUUUUGAAGAACUUCAAGCAACAGACAAAAAGAGGGUUAUAGAGGAGAACCAAGAACACUACCAUGUGAUUCAGAAAUUCAUUAUACUGGGAGAUGUGGAUGGUUUAAUGGAAGAAUUCAGCAAAUGGCUUUCUAAAGAGAGAAGUGUGCUGCCAGGGCACCUCCUUCGUUUCAUGACACAUCUUAUUCUGUUUUUCCGCACUUUGGGCCUGCAGACUAAGGAGGAAGUGUCUGUUGAAGUCCUGAAGACCUACAUUCAGCGGCUGAUAUCUGAGAAGCACACGGAUUUAAUAGCAUUUUAUGUUAGCUACUUGCCCCCAGAGCUAUCUGUUUCUCAGUAUGCUCUGUUCCUAGAAGAUGUUACUGAAAGUGAUCAACGCCACCACUGUCUUGAAUUAGCAAGAGAAGCAGGUCUGGAUGUUGCAGCGAUAACAAAAACCGUUGUUGAAAACAUCCGCAAGAAGGAUGCUGGUGAAUUCAGUCACCAUGAUCAUAUGUUAGACACAGGCACGACAGAGGUGGAUCGGCUGAAAAUAGAUGUAAUUGACUGGCUCGUAUUUGAUCCUGCACAGAGGGCAGAAGCACUUAAGCAAAGCAAUGCAAUCAUGAGGAAGUUCUUGGCAUCCAAGAAACAUGAAGCUGCAAAAGAUGUGUUUGUGAAGAUUCCCCAAGACUCUAUAGCAGAAAUAUAUAACCAAUGGGAAGAACAGGGAAUGGAGACUUCACUUCCAGCUGAAGAUGACAAUGCCAUAAGAGAACAUUUGUGUAUUCGGGCAUAUUUGGAAGCCCAUGAAACCUUCAAUGAAUGGUUUAAACACAUGAACUCAGCUCCGCAGAAGCCUUCUUUGGUGCCGCAAGCAAGUUUUACUGAAAAAGUGGCCCAUGAACAUAAAGAGAAAAAGUAUGAGGUGGACUACGGUAUUUGGAAAGGUCUCUUGGAUGCUCUUACAGCUGAUGUGAAAGAGAAAAUGUACAACGUGUUGCUGUUUGUUGAUGGAGGAUGGAUGGUUGAUGUUAGAGAGGAUGCUGAGGAUGACCCUGAACGAACACAUCAGAUGAUUUUGCUGCGCAAGCUGUGUCUGCCGAUGAUGUGCUUUUUACUGCACACGGUGUUACACAGUACUGGACAGUAUCAGGAGUGCCUGAGAUUGGCUGACAUGGUCGCUUCUGAGCGACACAAGCUUUAUACGGUGUUUUCAAAAGAAGAACUCAAAAAACUUUUACAGAAACUGAGGGAAUCUUCUCUGAUGCUUCUGGACCAGGACCUCGAUCCACUGGGCUAUGAAAUUCAGUCAUAGAUUUUUGUGUAGAUACUUGCAAAGACUUCUGAACAUGAAGUUUAGACACAUCGAUUACAAGAACAACAAAACCUCAGUGAAGCUGUUCUGAUCUUUGCUUAAAGAAAAACAACAGCUCAGCUUUAAGUUAUGAACGUGACAAAGCCUGACCAACGUGAGAGGAUAUUUGUUACAUGCCCUCUUUUGUAUUUUUUUCUAAUAAAAGUGGUUUUCAAACAUGG